UAAAAUGAUAGCAGAAAAUAUUUUGAUUUAAGCGUAAGAAUGAUUUAAAUACGUUUUAGUUUAAGCAACGUUAUAAUUUUGUAAAACACUUUUCAACAUCAAGGGUAUAUUACAGAUUCUGUGUUCAAAUUUAUGCAUUGUUUUCAGUUGAAAGUCAAAACGUUUGAUGUUUGGUUGUGAAAAAUGAAAAAUUAUCUCUUUCUUCUUACUAUUCUAUGUUUACUAAAGAAAAGUGUUCAUCUAAACAACAAACUUGCAAUGAACUUAGAAAAAGCUACUAUAAUUUUGGAUAAAAUACUGAAAGAUUAUAGAAAAGAAGUUGUUCCUAUAUAUAAUAACAAACCUGUAACUGUCAAAACAAAUCUUCGGAUAAAUGACAUGGUGCCAUUGGAAAAUAUUCCAAAGCAUUUUAGCUUACAUUUUACACUUCGUAUGACUUGGGAGGAUAAAAGGCUGGCAUUUGAUGAAAAUACCCCUGAUUUAUAUGCUGCAUUUGAUGAAAAAGUUUCAAACCAAAUUUGGAUUCCAAACAUUUACUUUCCUCUUGGUAAAAAAGGUGUAUUUCAUGACACAAUUGCACCUAAUGUUUUUGUUCUUAUAUAUGGCAAUGGAACAAUCAAGUACAGUCAAAGGUUGAGUGUUUUAUCUUUUUGUCCAAUGACCUAUCAGUACUAUCCUUUUGAUAUUCAAGAAUGUUUGUUUUUGAUAGAAACUUUUCAACAGUCGAAAUCAUAUGUCAUCUUAGAAUGGAUGAUUGUUCCUAUUGAGAAAGCAGGAGAAGAUUUGUUCCUUAGAGACUAUACCCAUGUUCAUAUAAGUCCAAAUGUUACAGAACGUAUAGGAGACUACAACAUGUCGUUCAAUACUCUACAGGUAAAAUUUACACUGCAUCGUGAUUUUUCACCUCAUUUUCUUAGAGACUACUUUCCGUGUAUACUUACUGUUGGAUUGAGUUGGGUUUCUUUUUUUGUGGAUUACAAGGUAACUCCAGCUAGGGUAACUUUUGGUAUUACUACUAUCCUUACGAUCGUUACAAUGAGUAAUAGUAUUCGAUCAACAGCUCCCAGUGCCAACACCAUACGUAGUCUUGAUUACUACAUGAUGAUUUGCAUGUUAUUUGUAUUUGGAGCACUUGUAGAAUUUGCAAUAGUGGGUAUUACAGAUCCAAAAAUGUCCCCUCCCUGGUUAAAACAGAAACGCCAACUUGAGAAGAAUUCAAAACAUCAUCUUUUAUCUUCAGGGCGCAAAGGAAUUGCCUUAGGGCCGUUUUUAUUUUUUACUGAUCAUACACACUUUAUCGACGACUGCUCCAAAGUUGCGUUUCCUUCUAUGUUUUUGUUUCUAAACGCCGUUUAUUUUGUUUACCACAUUAUUCACCCUCAAACUGUUACCUUUUAAAAAACUAUUUUAAACCUUUAUUGGUAUUUAGAAAGUUGCUUUUAAAGCAUGUAAAUAUAGGUAUUACAAAUACAAAAAGUUUGUAAACGUUCGUUUGUUAUAUAUAUAUUUAUGUAUUAGCAAGUACGAACUUUUUAUUUUUAUGUUCUGACAAAACAGUACAAACAUUCGAUUCGAGAUUUUGGCCUUUUUUAAUGCAAGAAUUUUUUUGUUGCAUUUUUGUUUAUUUUAUCAAAAUGGCAAAAUUUUGUUCUCCGGAAUAUGUUCAGUUGUUUAUUUUUGUUUUCGAUUUUUUAGUUUAAUUUAAAUGGAUUGUUUUUUGAUAGAGAUUCAACUGGUAUUAAUAAAUACUGUGUAAUAAUCAUUUUCUCUGUA